AUGCCUACCUCGAAGUGUCUCUGUGGCGAGAUUGAGCUCAAGUUUGAUGCAGAGAUGCAAGCCAAAGCAUUGUGCUCUUGCACGAAUUGCCAGCAAACUAGUGGUUCAGCCUACUCAGUGAAUCUGGUGUUUCCUAAGGGCUCGAUGACUGCCACGAAAGGCAACGUGAAAGUCUACCAAAACAAGGGUGAUUCGGGCAAUGAGCUCAAGCGAUGCUUCUGCGCCACUUGCGGAUCGCCACUCUACAGCGAGGCUGCAGAUGGCACCUACUAUGUUAAGGGUGGAAAUAUGCAGGAAGACAAGGGCCUUGAAGGCAAGCCCAAUCUUUCAAUCUUCUGCCGAUCGCGACCUGACUGGGCAACGCCCAAAGAGGCAGGCGAUUCUCUUCCUGGUAGCACGGCCUAG